AAAGCACCCUUCCUCAUACAUGCCUAAAAAACACCCCCAGCCCCUAAAAUGGGAAUAUGGUAAUCCUGCGAUGACAUAUUUAUCAUUUAUAUAUGCUAAAAUAUCAAAGAUCACAGCAUAAAGGACGUGACCAUGUAAGUGCGUCUGUUAUCAAACAGCUGCAGUGAAAUUCCACCGAGACGAGGAGUCAAGCUAAUCCACUCUGUUAAUUGGUUUACAGCUAACGCCUGUUAGGUACCAUCUGUUUUUGUCACCAAAAGGCCCCCGGAGGGCCUUGUGGCACCGACAUAAACAAUGUGAAAAUACACAAGCAUGCUAAGAUUGCUAAAAACAUGCGAUCCGUCCAUGCAGCAGAGUGUGGCUGGAAGUGGAAACGGAGUCUGUAGCGCCUUAUUCUUGUCGUCGUGAGAGCAGUGAGAGGUCACCAAGAUGAGCUUCAGCACCGAGGAGCGAGGUCGACCCAACACCAGCGACUACAGACUCUUCUUCAAGAACUCCGAGGGCCGAUACAUCUCUCCUUUCCACGACAUUCCCAUCUAUGCAAAUGAAGCCCAGAAUAUCUUUCACGCCGUCGUGGAAGUUCCCAGAUGGACCAACGCAAAGAUGGAGAUCGCCACCAAAGAUGCUCUAAAUCCACUCAAACAGGACAUGAAGAAGGGCAACCUCCGCUACGUGGCUAACGUGUUCCCCCACAAAGGUUACAUCUGGAACUAUGGCGCUAUCCCACAGACAUGGGAGGACCCUCACCACCAGGACGCUGACACGGGCUGCUGCGGCGACAACGACCCCAUCGAUAUUUGCGACAUCGGCAACAAGGUGUGCUCCCGAGGGGAGGUGAUCAAAGUCAAGGUGCUGGGCACGCUGGCGCUGAUCGACGAGGGCGAAACGGACUGGAAGGUCAUCGUGAUCAAUACGGACGACCCCGAGGCGGAUGACUUUAACAAUAUCGACGACGUCAGACGACUGAAGCCCGGCUACCUCGAGGCGACGCUGGAUUGGUUCAAACGCUACAAAGUCCCGGACGGCAAAGCUGAAAAUCAGUUUGCCUUCAACGGGGAGUUCAAGGACAGGGAUUUUGCUAUAGAAACCGUGAAGAGUACCCACGAGUUCUGGAAAGCUCUCGUGUCCCAAAAGACCGACACUGGCGACUUAAACUGUAUGAACACAAGCAUCUCGGACAGUCCGUCUUGCUUGUCUGCCCAAGACGCCGCCGCUGUUGUUGAGUCGGCGUGUGCCUUUGGAGCUGAAGAUCCCAUUCCUAGUCCAGUGAACAAAUGGUUCUACUAUGAAAAUUAAUGACAUUUUGGAUGGAAAUCAAUUCAUUCUUUGUUAUUCCUUCACUUGAUUUCUACCAUUAGCGUUACCAUUUAGCAUCAAUGUGUUAUGUAAUCAAUUCUGUUUUAAAAAUGCUUUUCUGCACCUAUUUUAACGCUUGUCAUGACAACAAAGUCAAAUGCAUCAUAACAAUAAUGUAACAACUGCGUUUGCCAACACUGAUCAAUAAAUGUUUCC